GCACCGACUUGUUGCGCGCUCCGCCGGGCCCACGCCGUGGUCGGCACGCGCGCCCCAGUCGGCGGCGGACGCGUCCCAUUCGACGGAGCGGGCCGCGCGGCCGGGACUGUGCCGCCAUGUUCAAACUGGGAGGCACUCGCACCGAUGGCAACCCCAUCAAAAACCUGUACGAGAUGGGGAAGCAGGUGGCCACCGGAGGCCCAGAGGGCGCCUGGAGAGUCUACGAGGGCCACCGCAAAAACGACGGCAAGGAGGUGUCGAUAUUCGUGUUCGAGAAGAAGAUUGCCGAGAAGGUGUACAAGCCCAAGCGGCGGGAGACGGUGACGGAGCUGCUGCGCGCCGGCGUCAAGCAGCUGGAGCGUCUGCGACACCCGCGGAUCCUGCAGGUGAUACACCCGGUGGAAGAGUGCGCCGAGACGCUGUCGUUCGCCUCGGAGCCGGUUCUCGCCUGUCUGGCCAACGUCCUGACCGCGCCGCCAGCCGACGGCGAGAAGACUGACACUGACAAACAGGGCUUCUCCAGAGACUACACCUUCCUCGACGUAGAGCUCAAAUACGGCAUACUGCAG